AUGUCGCUGAGAAUCGAUAGCGAUGUCAACUAUGCCCGAGACCAGGCGAUCACCACUAGCACGGCCUCCUUUAUCACCUCCAUUACUGUCAAUAGUGCUGUCGCUGGGGGAGAACUGAUCGCUUUCUUCCUCUUGAGAAGAUGGAUCAAAGCUGUGUAUGAGCCUCGAACAUACAUUCCACCAAGAGAGUUCCAGGCGCCUGUACUGGGCAAUCAUCUCUGGUGGCCAAUAUGGCGCAUCAUCACUGCCGACUCUAAAGCCGUCCUCGAGAAGAACGGCGUGGACCCCUACGUCUUCAUCCGUUUCCUCAACAUGAUGGCCAAAGCCCUCAUCCCUAUUUGGUUCCUCUCAUGGUCGAUCCUUCUCCCGAUUAACUCGGUCCGGACGGGCGUAGACGGAAAGGCUGGACUGGACCAGCUUACGGCGGGCAAUAUCGGGCCGGGGGAGCAGAAGCGGUAUUGGGCGCAUCUGAUCAUGGAUUAUGUGUUCAUCUUCUGGAUCCUAUACCUCGUCUGGGUUGAGCUGCAGAAUUGGCUCGUUAUCAGGCAAAAGUUCUUGGUGGACCCAGAGCAUUCGAAGCUGCCCCAGGCGAAUACGGUGCUUGUGCAGGGUAUACCCCAGCAGUAUCUGGACGAGACGAAGCUGGCUCAGCUGUUCGCGCAUCUCCCUGGUGGAGUCAAGCGGAUCUGGCUGAAUAGAAAUCUGAAAGAGAUGCCCGACUUCUACGAGCGUCGACAGCGCGCUACGAACCAGCUCGAGCAGGCCCAGGUCAAACUCAUCAAGUUCGCCCAGACCUAUCGACACCAGCGCGAGUCCAAAGUCCAGGUCCUCACGGAGAAGGGCAAGCCCUUACCCGACACCCUCAAAUCACCUAUCAACGCCGACAUGCUGACUCCCUACAAAUCCACCAACGAGUCCACCUCCUCUUCCGAGCAAGCGCAGGCCGAGGCGGGCGAGGGACCGACCACCCGGCUCCGCCCCGAAGAUCUCGGCCGGGCGGACCAGCUCGUCCCUCGGGACAAGCGGCCUACACACCGGAUCAAGCCGAAAUGGGCGCCGUUCGGGCUGGGAUUCCUAGGUGUAGGGCAGAAGGUGGAUACGAUUGAUUGGGCGAGAAAUGAGAUUGCGACGUGUGCGGCGGGAUUACAGGAAGGGAGGGAACAGCUGCAUAGGGACGUGCAGAGCGUGGGGACGGAGGAUGAUGUGUAUCCGCCCUUGAACUCGGCGUUUAUCCAUUUCAAUCAGCAGAUUGCGGCGCAUAUGGCGACUCAGAUUUUGGUGCAUCAUAAACCGUACAAUAUGUCCGAGGCGUACACUGAGCAAUCCCCCGAGAAUGUCAUUUGGUCCAACCUCAAUCUGAGCGCGUACGAUAAGAACAUCCGUAAAGCCGGGUCAUACGCAGCUACUGCUGGUCUCCUCGUAGCUUGGGUCUUCCCAGUCGCCUUCAUCGGUGCCCUCUCGAACGUCACCACCCUCGUCGACCAAUACCCUUGGAUGGCGUGGCUCGGUGGCGACUCGAGUGGCAAGAAGGUGCUUCAAGGUGUGGUAUCGGGUCUCCUCCCGCCCAUCUUGCUCGCGGUCAUCAACUUGCUCCUUCCCAUCAUUCUGCGCCUAUUUGCGCGGUUCCAGGGGAUCCCGAGUAAGACGCAGAUCGAGCUGGAUCUGAUGACGCGGUACUUUAUCUUCCUCGUUGUUCACACCUUCUUCGUCAUUACCCUCACCUCCGGUCUCGUCUCGGCCGUCACCAGCCUGGUGUCAGACCCCGCCUCGAUCGCUGUGGUCCUCUCGCAGCAGAUGCCGACUGCCUCGACAUUCUUCAUCACGCUCAUCUUGACGCAAUUCACCGGGACGAUCGGUACGCUGUUGCAGCCUAUCACGCUCGCGUUCUACUAUAUCAAGGUCAUCCUCGGCGGCGGUACUCCACGGUCAGUCUACAACUCGAGGUACACCCUUCAGACGACCGGAUGGGGACAGCAGUUUCCCGCAGUGACCGUCUACGCAGUCAUCAUGUUGGCGUACAUGGUCAUCUCCCCCGUCAUUAUCGGUUUCGGCGCCUGCUUCUUUGUCCUCUCAUCCGUCGUCUUCAAGUACCUCUUCAUCUGGGUAUACGACCAGCCCGCCGGCUCCGACACGGGCGGUCUCUUCUUCCCCAAGGCGAUCACGCAGGUGUUUGUGGGCAUGUACAUCCAAGAGAUCGCGCUCUGCGCAUUCUUCUUUUUGUUGAGGGAUGAGGACCUUUAUGCGAGCGCGAUUCCGCAGGGAGCGUUGAUGGUGGUACUGAUCGUGAUCACUGCGGCCAUGCACUAUACCAUCUGGACAUCCUACUCCCCCCUCCUUCGCGCACUUCCCCUCACCCUCUCCCAUCUCUCCUCUGGUAUGCCCGUCGAGACCGGUCACGAGAACAGCCAGAUCGGCGAUGGCGACGAAGCAGACACUUCGGCCUAUCCCCGCCGUUCCGCCUCGCCCAUCGUCCAGUCCGAGACUACACCACCUAACGGCCGGUCUCGGGCGGGGACGGGCAACGCGCUCGAUGCGGACUUCAACCUCGUCGGGUUCAAGGUACCCCUUCCCCAGCCUGUUCGGGGCGUCAGGAAUGAGGCGCAAGCGGCACUGCGGAAGCUCGAUCGGAACCUCGGCGGGGCGCGCUUGAAUAUUGAUACGGACGUCUCGGCUAUUGCACCCCCAUCGACGACCCGGGCGACCGCUACGGUUCCCGGCCCACCUCAGACCGUGGACCCGGAGGAGGAUGAAGAGGAUGAUGGCGAUAAUAACGAUAUAGAGAUGAGGGAACGGCGGCACCAUGAGGAGAAUGGUGGGGAUGGCGGGAAGGACAAGGAGAAGGGGGGAUCGAGCAUCGAUGAUGAUAAUCCCUUCUUUGCGAAACCGGGCGGUCCGGGUAUCCGAGCGAGAGAUAAUGGGCGAGAAGGCGAUCCGGACGCGUUCUUCCAUCCGGCGAGUAAGGAGCCGCAGAGGAUUAUAUGGCUGCCUGUGGAUGAUCUGGGACUGUGUGCGGCGGAGGUGCAGAAGAAUAGGGAGUUGGGGAUUUUGAGUAGUAGUCGGCAUGCGUGGUUGGUUGGGGAUGGGAAGGUGAGGGUGUCGGGGCGGCCGCCAGGGUAG